AUGCACCCGUACCUCCGCUUGGGCGCGUCCGUAAUCACGCGCCACGUGUUCUCGUCCGGGUCGUACUCCUCCACCGCCGACGAUCUGGCGCAGCCGCCGGCAACGAGUAUCCUCCCACCGACGGCCGCGGCGGCGAACUUCUUCCUCACCAACCCCAUCCCAGCCUUGGGCACGAGGGUCCCGGUCCACGUGUCGCACCGGAGCAUCGCCAUCCGGCCGAUGAUGUAUAUUUUCCGGCCAAUGGAGACCGAUCUGAAGUACUGCGAGAACAGAGAAAAGGCGGAUCCGUCGGCAUUAUCCCCCGACGGGACAAACGACGAGACCUUCCAUGAAGACUCCGAGUCGCCGGCGAACCGGAGGGCGGCGGCGAAGAGGGUGGAUUUGGAAAUGGAGAUGCAGAACAGGACGCGGGAGAGGUGGUGGUGGCGGAUGCGGAGGAGGUGGAAGGAGGGGCAGUUGAGGAGGUGGGCCCAGCGGCGGCAGACGGCGGGGAGGGAUGGGAGGGUGGAGUGGGGCACCCUGGAGAGGCAUUCGAGGAGGAGGUCGUCGGGGAGGGAGGAGAUGGAGGUGGGCGGCGGGUCGGCGGCGGAGAGGGGAGAAGGGCGGUGGGGGUGGUGGGGGUUGGAGAAACAGGAUUUCAUCAGCCAUGAGAAGUGGCGUGAGCUGCAAGUGUCGGAGGAAGCCAGAAGACAUCGUGAGCAGCCAUCUGCAAGUGAUACCACGAGAGUCGAGACAUCUUCAUCUAUCGUAAUGGAAGCAGAUUGUAGUAUGAAUAUAGGUGCUCCGGAAGCUGGUAUGGAAUUUAAAGAUAUAGGCGGCGUCUUUGAUUUCUAUAAAAAAUAUUGUCGGUUUUCUAGUGAGAAAAAUGAAUUUCGAGAAAGGAUGAUGAUGACGUUUUACGAUAUUCGGGAAGGAAAAAGAAUGAGUGGCAAAAAUGGCUCAUUGAGGUCGCAACCAACAACCCAGACUGAGUGCAAAACUCGAAUCUCGACAUCUUUAGAUGAUCGUGUUUACCUUGACCAUAAUCACAAAUGUAGUCCAACUAAGUCGAGAUUAUAUCGAUGCCAUAGAGAAUUGAGUGCAAGUGUAAAGAGAAGGCUUGAAGUGAAUGACGUGACCGGAAUUCCAUUGCAUAAAAGCUUUAGUUCUGUUGUAGUUGAAGCGGGUGGAUACGAUAAUAUGACAUUUGUCGAGAAGGAUUGUCGAGAAAUGUUCAAAAAGCUGACAGAAUGUCUAGGGAGGGAACAGAUACUACAAUGGGAGACCAUAUAC